UGACAAUGUUAUCAGCACCCACAGCUCUAAUAUAUAAACAAAGUUUAAACAAAUUAAAUGUUCACAACUUGUUGACUUGAAAAUGGCAAGAAUAGUUAUAACGUUAUUUGUAAGUUUCCUUAUGACUGCUCACAUAAAUAGUUUAAAAUAUGAAUUUCCUGAUGCAGAUGCCAGAGAAAUUUCAAUAAGAAAAACGGGGUGUCACGAAAAGGAAGGUGUAUCAAUCGAAUUAGCCGUCGAAUACACCAGCGAGCAUUCGGAAAAUUUUGACCAACUUGUUGAGGCCAAUCCAAAAUUGAAAUGUCUUGCAAUUUGCUUGUACGAAGUUACCAAUACAAUGGACGGUUGUACGAGUACUAUUAGCGAUCAACUAAGGGAAAUGGUAAAAGGCAAUCCUGUCAAAGAAGCCAUGAUGGCAAAGUUUGAAGAAUGUUCAAGUAACCUCAUCGGAACAGAUCGCUGUGAAUGCGGCUAUCAAAUAGAUAAGUGUGUAACUGACUGGAUGAAUAAGGAAAUAGAGCUUGAGAACGAGAAUGAGAACGAAAAAGAAGAGUAAAUAUAUUUAUUUAAAAAAAUAAAUUCAAAACCCAAUAAAACCCGA